AUGGGUCGCAAGAAGAAGUUCGUGGACAAGAAGAGCGCGGCGUCGUUCACGCUCAUGUACCGCGAAUCGAACGACCCCGAUGCGCCCGGUGAGCGCGUCUUCGUGCGCACAGACCCCGGCAGCAACCACGUUCCGGGAUUCUCGGACGACUACCAGCCGCCGAUCCCGGAAAACGCGGAGGAUUAUAGCGGCGAGGAAUGGGAGGAGGAGGAUGAGGAGGAGGAGGAGGAGGGGGAGGAGGAGGAAGGGGAGGGGAGAAGCGUCGCCGGAAGCAGGAGGUCCCGAGCGCAGUCGCAGGCUGUCGCACGCGCGACUGAUGGCGACGACGCGGCGUCGGUCGCAGGCCGGUCGCACGCGAGCACGAGGCGCGGUGGGGGGAGGGGGCGCGACUUAUGGGCGGGCCUGGGGUUGGGCGGGCCGCCCGGGUGGGAUGGGGGGAGCGUGAUGGGAGGAGGAGGAAGCAUGGCCGGCGGGCAGGGCAAGAAAAAACUCACCGAGAGCGCCCGGCGCGAAAUUGUCGAAUUAGGGUUACCCGACGACGGUUACGACUACACGCAGCACCUCCGGGUGAUCGGACAGACGAGGACGUUCGCGUCGUUCGUUCCCGCCGAGGCGCCCGCGGCCGCGCUGCCCGACGACGUGAAGGUGCGAUUCUUCGAAUCCCCACGUGCUGCACUACACCACCCCCGCUCUUAUAAGCAUACUAAAUAUCCAUACCCUUCAUUGAUAUGCAUCCGCCCACCGCAGAUUUAUAAGGCCACGCGCCUUACCGUGCGGCCCGACACGUCAGCUGCCACGACAGCAGCCGCCGACGCGCCGGUUGCUGACCUGGAGGUCGUGGCUAAGAUCUCAUCCGUCAUCAAGGAGAUUCGGCCGAAGCGGGGAUUCACAGCCGCCGCGCCGCCCGCCCGCUCAGCUCAAAGCGCGGCGGCGGCUUCCGCGGGAGCUCAAGCGGGGGAAUCCGCGGGCGGGGAAGGCAGUGCAAACUACCUAGGCGUUUCAGGGCUCGAUCCGGAAGUUUUAGCGCUGCUAGAAGGGGACGGCGGAGCGGGGGAAGUGGGGGCGGGGGAGGAGGGGGAAGAUGUUUUUGGGGAGCUAGAAGAUGACUUUGUGCUGCUGGCGACGGCGGGGGGGGAGGAGGAGGAGGAGGCGGCGGAGGCGGAUGAGGCGGAAGAUGGGGGGAACGAGGUAGCGCGGGAAGGGGAGGGGGAGGAGUUGACGGAAGAGGCGGCGGGCGGGGGAGCGGCAGUGGAUGCGGUCGUUGCGCCAGGCGCGGAAAGCCUUGCAAGCGAGGUUGAGGGUUCGGGGUUUAAGGGUGAAAGCGGAAAGCUUGGCGGGGAAGCGGCGGCGGGCGCGGAGGCGCAGCGGAGGGAGGCGGCGGCGGGCGGGGAGGAGGCGCGGCGGAGGGCGGAAGAGGAGGCUAAGAGCCGCGCCCAGGCGGAGGAGAAUCUGAGAGCGCUGGAAGAGCAAGUGAUGCUGCUGGCUGAGCGGGAAUACGCCGAUGCUGACGUGGACGACUUCUCUGAUGACGAGGACGGAGGUCACCGGGGCGGCGGGGGGGCGGCGGGAUCUGCGGCAGGGCAUGCGGAUAUUUCCAUGUUCAGUAACGUGCUGGACGACUUCCUGGAAGCUUCCCGGCGGGAGAGCCUGCUGGAGCUGCGGAAGGGGGGCGCGGUUGUGAGGAUGGGGAAGGGGGAGGGCUGGGGGAAGGGGGAGAGCGGGGGGAAGGGGAAGGGCGAGGGUAAGGGGGAGGGUGGGGGAUCAAAGGAGGGAGAAACGAAGGGAAGUGAGGGAAAAGAGGGAGAGGAGGGCGAAGAGGAUGGAGAAGAAGAGAUAGUGGCUGUUCCCAUUGCUCCUGGUGAGGUAGAGAUGGGUGGGAAGGCAGGGGACACGAAAGAGGAUGAAGAGGAGGAAGAAGAGGAGGAGGAGGAGGAAGAGGAGGAGGAAUAUAUUUCGGAGGAGGAGGAGGAGGAGAGGGAGAGGGGCAAGUGGGACUGCGAGUCGAUAGUCUCUACCUACUCUAACCUUGAUAACCACCCUGCACGAAUCUCGGCGCCUUUAAAUCCCCGCAGAAAGGGGAGCAGGGCGGGAGAGGCGGCGGCAGGAGGAGGGGGAGGUGUAGGGGGAGGUGGUGGGAGGAUUGGGGUGGAGGAGAUAAGGCUGAAGGGGAAAGCGCAGUUGCCUGCUGGUUUUGUGCCGGGGAGAGUGGGGAGAGAGGGGAGGGAGGGGGAGGAUGGGAGAGGGAGUGGCAAGGGGGGUGGGUUGCAGGGGAUUGGGGAGGAGGGGGAAGGGGCGGGGGAGGGAGGGGGUGUUGUGUUUGUACGGCCGAGAGGGAAGGACAAGGAGACUCCUGAAGAGAAGAAAGCUCGCAAGGUAGGGGGUGCUGCUGUGUAA